GUUCGAUCCUAUAGCAAGAAGCUAGAUGCUAUUUCAAAAUCUGCUCUCUUUAGAAAAAGUCUUGCAUGGACAAAACAAAGUACAAGACCCUGCUUCCAUCCUGGUGCUUCCAGCUUGCUGCUUUCUCAAACUGGAAUUCCAACCAAAAAUGUCAGAGGAUGGACAAUUGUUAAAAAAAUGUUGUCCUACAUCUGGCCAAAAGACAAGCCUGAAAUUCGUAGACGUGUUGUUAUAGCUUUGGGCCUUUUAAUUGGAGCAAAGUUAUUGAAUAUUGAAGUUCCUUUCCUUUUCAAACAUGCUGUUGAUUUUCUGAAUACUCAAACAGGGGAAAAUUUAAAUUUGGAUUCCCCUUCGUCUACUAUCUUUACUAUGGCAACUGUCAUCAUCUUAGGAUAUGGAAUAGCUAGAGCAGGUUCUUCUUUGUUCAAUGAAUUGAGAAAUGCUGUAUUUGCAAAAGUUGCCCAUGAUUCCAUUCGAAGAGUUGCUAAAAGUGUGUUCUUGCACUUACACAACUUAGAUUUAAGUUUUCAUUUGUCACGUCAGACUGGUGCAUUGUCAAAAGCCAUAGACAGAGGUACAAGGGGCAUUAACUUUGUUUUAUCUGCAUUAGUGUUCAAUGUUGUUCCUACUGCAUUUGAAGUUGCUCUUGUCAGUAGCAUUUUGUAUUAUAAAUGUGGUGGAAAAUUUGCGCUAGUCACUCUUGGAUGCAUUGGUGGUUAUGGGGCUUUCACCUUAGCUGUAACUCAAUGGAGAACUCACUUUCGUGUUGAGAUGAACAAGGCCGAAAAUGAAGCUGGUAAUAAAGCUAUUGAUUCCCUCAUUAAUUAUGAAACUGUUAAAUACUUUAACAAUGAAACCUAUGAAGCUAAUCAAUAUGACAAAGCACUUGCUAAAUUUGAAGCUGCCUCUCUUAAAACAACUACUAGUCUUGCUAUGCUGAAUUUUGGUCAGAAUGCAAUUUUUAGUGCUGCUUUGACUGUUAUUAUGUUGAUGGCAAGUGAUGGAAUACUAAAUGGUACCUUGACUGUUGGGGAUCUGGUUAUGGUAAAUGGACUCAUUUUUCAGUUGUCUCUGCCUCUUAAUUUUCUUGGCUCAGUGUAUAGAGAAGUUCGCCAAUCACUCAUAGACAUGCAAACAAUGUUCAGCAUUUUGAGUCUACAAAGCUCUGUACAGGAAUCAAGCAUCUCUCCUGUACAUAUAUCUCCAAAAGAUGCAGAAGUAAUUUUUGAAAAUGUGUGUUUUCAGUACGUAAAAGGGCAAAAUAUACUCUCCGAUUUAAGUUUUAGUGUGCCUGCGGGGAAGAAAAUUGCUUUAGUUGGUGGAAGUGGCUCUGGGAAAUCAACUAUUGUGAGACUUUUGUACCGGUUCUUCGAACCACAGUCAGGAAAUAUAUUUGUUGCCGGUAAAAAUAUUAAAGACUUGAAUAUCAGUAGCUUAAGGAAAGCUAUUGCAGUUGUUCCUCAGGAUGCAGUACUGUUCCACAAUACAAUACUCUACAAUCUUCAUUAUGGUGAUUUUUCACGUUCUGAACAAGAUGUUUUUGAAGCUGCCAAAAUGGCUGAACUUCAUGAAUCGAUUUUAAAAUGGCCCUACCAGUAUAGCACCCAAGUAGGAGAAAGAGGCCUUAAACUUUCUGGUGGUGAGAAACAAAGAGUGGCGAUAGCAAGAGCUAUUCUGAAAAACUCUCCAAUUUUAAUAUUUGAUGAAGCAACAUCUGCUUUGGAUUCUAUUACUGAAGAAAAAAUACUGACAGCACUUCACAGAGCUGCGGAAGGUCGCACAUCAAUAUGCAUAGCACACAGACUAUCCACUGUAAUGAAUGCGGAUGAGAUAUUGGUUUUAGACAAAGGAAAAGUGGCAGAACGAGGCACACACAAUGACUUAAUUUCAAACACUAAUAGUUUAUAUCACCAAUUAUGGCAAAAGCAACACAAUCCUACGUUAAAAAGCAGUUGAAAAUAAAUUUGAUUAUUUUGUUAUAGAUUUAGAAUUAUGUAAAAUUUGUAGUUAUGUACAUUUUUCUGGAAAAAAAGGCACUACUUAUAUAGAAGUGUUUUAAGAGCUUAUCUGUUUGUCAAAACAUGUUAAUUGAAGCUUAAAAAUGACAUGUGAGCAUUAAAAAGGAAAUUUUAAAAAUAUUUUAGCCAUUUUGUCAUUAAAGUUUGAAAAGAUGUCAAGCAUGAUUUUAGAAUUUUGUUUACAUAGAUGUAUGUAAAUAUUACUGUGAAAGACUGAAAUUGGAGAAUGUUGACUUUCGCCAGUGAUUCACCAGAAAUAUUCUUCUUCACUGAUGUCUUUUUUGUGUGAAUGUUGAUAUUCACCGGCUUUUGACGACAGUUACCAGUUUUCAGACUUUCACCGCAACCUGUAUAUUAACCGAAUUCUACCCAAACACACACAACAUAGACUGGAACGAAAAAGUAUAAAAAUAAAUGAAUAUAAUUAUGUGCAACACAAAAAUAAUUCUUAACAAAAUUAUCCCUUUGAAAAGUAAUACUUUAGACUAAUAACAGUAUUGAGCACAGAUAAAUAUAUUUCAGUUUAAGGUAGGAUAUAACAGGAAUUGUCAACUAAAGUUGACAUUCCCUUCUUCCUAAUCAAUGAAGCUUUGUUGUGUGUUGUUGCAGUUUUAAAUAGCUGUUUGAUCAUUAACUUUUAUUCAUGUUUUCAACUUUCAACAACAAACUAUUUUAUUUUUUAAUGAUUGUAUUUAAAGAAGUGAUUUUAUAUAACCCUAUAAUAUAUAUUUUUUUUCCAUGUGAUCGAGCCGAUUGGGAACUUAAAAUUUUGUAUAUUUUCAAUAUCCACAGGUUGCAAACUUUUUUCCCCAAGAAAUAUUUAUUCUUCAGGCAACCAAACUGGGAGCCCUUUUUUAAAAAUAUGAAUUUUGAUGAUGUAUCAUUACUUUAAUUAGAACCAUAAUGUACUUCAGAGUAGGCAAACUUUUUUGAAAUUUAUUGUAUUAAAUAUUUUCUAGCAGCCAUGGCAGAAAUUAUUGCCAAUAACAUUCCAAGUGAAUGCUCUAUUAAUGUUACUAAGCCAUCUACAUAUUAAUUCUGCUGUAUACCUGUCAAUAAUACUAAUGCAACAUAGCUAUAUUUACUUCCUCAAAAGCAAGAAAAGGCAG